UACUCGUCUAGUCGUCUGCUCAGGGAUAGAGAGCGAUACACAGAGAGAGCGAGAGAGAGAGAGAGUUAUGGCGACGAUGGAUUCUUCGAAGAAUGAGUCUGAUACGGAGGUGGAGACCAAUUCAAACCCUAAUCUUAAUUCUUCAGACGCAUUGGUACCUGCCCCUAACCCUGGCGCUGUCUGCCUCGUUAGGUUCGCCAGCGAUUCCAUUGGUGGAGCCUUUAUGGGCUCCAUUUUCGGAUAUGGUGCGGGACUGGUUCAGAAGAAAGGUUUCAAAGGAUCUUUUGCAGAGGCGGGAUCUUCUGCUAAGACAUUUGCAGUUUUGUCUGGAGUACAUAGUUUGGUUGUCUGCAUUUUGAAGAGGCUGCGAGGAAAGGAUGACAUUAUUAAUGCUGGAGUAGCAGGAUGUUGCACUGGUCUUGCUCUAAGUUUUCCAGGCGCUCCCCAGGCUCUUCUACAAAGCUGCCUCACUUUUGGGGCGUUCUCAUUUGUCCUUGAAGGGCUUAACAAGCAGCAGCCAGCACUUGCACAACCAUUUCCUUUAAGAAAGAAAAGUGAGCACUAUCGUGUACGUCCACCUUUGUCACUGCCCCUUCAACUUCAGCUCCCUCUUCCAGAUGAAAUGAAAGGGGCCUUCUCCGCAUUCUUCACAUCCUUGAAGAACCGCAAGAGGAUUGCUUUUCCCACAGCUCGCUAAGAAAUUUUGGGAAUUUUUUUUUUGAUCGUCUGCAUAUCUCCUUUUUGUUGGAAAGACAUGGUUAUGAUUUAUUUAGCCUGUAGAUUUGUAGUUGCAAUUCUAAUGUUCACUGCAAGUUCAGUUAUAAAUCGUUGAUCCUCAAACUUAGUUUCUCGAUUUGGUGGUUCAAAGUAAAAUGGAGAUGAUUUAUUUCAUGGUCAA